UGCUGAAAGGAUACAAAAAGAAUCGGAUGAGUUCAUAACUGAAUCCCAACAAUUAGAUAAGGAAUAUGAAGCCACUAUUGAGCAGAAUGAGAAAAAAAUCAAAGAACUGACACUGGUCAAUAACAGAGCUCAGAACGAAAUAGACUCUUUGAGGAUCAAAGUCGAACAAAUCAAUAAGGAUAAUUGCAACCUUGAGACUGAGAUUACAAAUUUAAGAAAGGAAAAAGUUGAGAUGGCCAAAUGCAUUAGAGAUUUAGAACAGAAAAACGAUGAUUUGGAAAGAUCGAGACGAAUAAUUGAGGCCGCCCUUGCAUCAAUAGAAGCAGCUUUCAAUAGUGAAGUUGAACGAAAUGCUAUUCUCGANUUAUUCUUAAAUAUUUCAUACGAUUUAGACUCCUUAAUAGCAUUUGGUAGUUUAUUGUACAGUGUGAUCGAGUUAUAUAGUGGAGAAUUUUUAAAUUUGGUUGUUUUGUGA